ACCAACGUCCGCGUGGUGGCGCGCUUUCGCCCGCCCAUCACCGAGGAGGAGGAAAAAGAUCAGCCGGCCUUUGCUGUGCAUGCAGGUGAUAAUUCCAAUGCCAUCGACCUGGGCGUCGCUGAAAAUGCCACCGUGCAGUCGCACGAUGGGAAGUGGAGUUUUGACUUCGACACGGCCUUUAGCGAAGAGGCGAGUCAGGAGGUGAUUUAUCAUCGCAUCGGCCUGCCGGCCGUGCAGGACGUUCUCACAGGUUACAACGGUACGCUGCUGAUGUACGGUCAGACUGGCAGUGGCAAGACCUUUAGCCUCUUUGGACGACUGACUCAGUCCAACCUUCGAGGUUUGGCUCCACGUGCUGCGGAAGAUCUGGUACAGCAGUGUUUAUCGAGUGACUCUGAGGAGUCAACGAUCCAAUGCAGUUUUCUGGAGAUUUAUCGCGAGAGAAUGAGAGAUCUUCUCCAUCCAUCCAACCAUAGUCUUCGUAUCAAGGAGAUGCCUCAGCGUGGUUUGAUGGUCGAUGGCCUCGUUCAGGACGAUAUCAGCAGCAGCGGCGACAUCCUGAAAGCUUUAGACACGGGAAAUGCCUGGAGAUCGGUGGCUGCCACAAGGCAAAACCAAUACUCCUCGAGGUCCCAUGCCAUUUUUACACUUUAUGUUUCACGGCGAAGCUUGACCGACCUCAGGGAGGCGAGAUUUUUUGUGGUUUCACAAGGGAGAAACAUUGGGAAAAACGGAGGAAAACGACACCAAAACCACUGUGAAACGUUGAGUCGAGAAUAG